UUCACUCAUUGUGUACUCCCAACAAGUCAUAAUCAAACUCUCUAGUUUACAAUGGAGAAACAUAUCAACAUGGAAAGUGAUGCUGAUGACACUUCUAGCACACCCUCUUUCUCCUCCUCCACUUCAUCAAAUUCAGAUACAAAGGAGGAGAGUAAGAAAAGGCAGAGAAGUACUGAAGUUGAAAAUAAUAGCACACAUCCAACUUAUAGAGGAGUAAGGAAGAGAAAUUGGGGGAAAUUUGUGUGUGAGAUUCGUGAGCCAAAGAAAAAAUCAAGAAUAUGGCUUGGAACAUACCCUACAGCUGAAAUGGCAGCUAGAGCACAUGAUGUAGCUGCUUUAGCUAUAAAGGGUCAUUCAGCAUACCUUAAUUUCCCUGAAUUGGUACAACAACUUCCAAAGCCAAUAAGUACUUCUACAAAAGACAUUCAAGCUGCUGCUGCAAAAGCUGCAAACACUGUAUUUGUAGCUGAACCAAUACAAGAAGAACAUUUCUCAUCUUCAAGUUCAACAUUUACCAAUAAUGAUGAUGCUACAUUGUUUGAUUUGCCAGAUCUUUUUCCUGAUGAUGGAAACAAUGGACUUUGUUCUUAUUCUUCAAAAAAUUCUUCUUGGUAUUUAUGUGCAGUUGAUAGUGGAUUUAGGCUUGAGGAACCAUCUUUUUGGGAGAAAUACUAGUGCUUGUUUUUUACUAAGUAAAAAAAAUGUAUCAUUCAGAGUUUGUCUUGUUUUUUAGUCACAUCAUUUGCAUAUUUUGCAGAAUCUACACACAGAAUACAAUUUUGUAUGUAAUUAAAGGUUAUUGUCUA